UAAUCUCUAGAGAAUGGGCUGUGAGUGAAUAGGAGAGGACAUACGUGUAGGGGGCGAGGCUGGCUCUUACGGGUUUGUGUCAUUGGUUUAAACGACCCAAGACCCCGCCUAGAUAAAAAAGAAGAGAGUGGGAGAGAUAGAGAGAGCGAGAGCAAGAUAAAGAAAAAAAAACAGAACACCCAACGUUUCCCAGCCACCUUUAAGGCUUGUAAAGAGGGACUUACCACUCACCACCUAUUUUCCCCAACUCUACUGAAAUAUUCGACUCACUCCUGUUUGUUUCGAAAACAGUCUUAGCGUAGGUUACGAAAACACUAUCAGCGUUGAAAGGAUUAAGUUUUUGUCAUUUAAAGGUGGAACAUUCUUUUAAAAAAUCCAAAUUGCUAGGAAGCAUUCUUGAGGGGCGGAUGAUGGUGUUCGUGGGCGCCUGAAGUCCGGUUCUAAACUUGCAAACAGACCACAUACAUUCAGGUGCAGUGUGGCGUUAUGCCCCGUGGAGACUGCUGCUCUCUGCGUUAGGACCCUGAAGAAAAGCCCUUGCCCUCGUGCAGCAGCAGUGAGGCCCGCUAUGGCCCUGACCGACAAACACAAAGUCAAACGACAGAGACUGGACAGGAUCUGUGAAGGUAUCCGGCCUCAGAUCAUGAACGGGCCCAUGCACCCGCGCCCGCUGGUGGCGCUGCUGGACGGCCGGGACUGCACUGUGGAGAUGCCCAUCCUCAAAGACCUGGCAACCGUGGCAUUCUGUGACGCCCAGUCCACACAGGAGAUCCACGAGAAGGUCCUGAAUGAGGCAGUGGGGGCUAUGAUGUACCACACCAUCACCCUGACGCGAGAGGACCUGGAGAAGUUCAAAGCCCUGCGCAUCAUCAUCCGCAUCGGCAGUGGCUAUGACAACAUCGACAUCAAAGCAGCCGGAGAACUGGGUAUUGCAGUGUGCAACAUUCCGGCAGCAGCGGUGGAGGAGACGGCCGACUCCACCAUUUGCCACAUCCUGAACCUGUACCGCCGGAACACCUGGCUGUACCAGGCCCUGCGUGAGGGCACCCGCGUCCAGAGCGUGGAGCAGAUCAGAGAGGUGGCGUCUGGGGCCGCACGCAUCCGUGGAGAGACCCUGGGCCUCAUUGGCUUCGGUCGCACAGGUCAGGCGGUGGCGGUGCGGGCGAAGGUGUUUGGCUUCAACGUGAUCUUCUACGACCCGUACCUGCAGGACGGCCUGGAGCGCUCCCUGGGCGUACAGCGCGUCUACACCCUCCAGGACCUACUCUACCAGAGCGACUGCGUCUCCUUACACUGCAAUCUCAACGAACACAACCACCACCUCAUCAAUGACUUCACCAUCAAACAGAUGCGUCAGGGGGCGUUCCUGGUGAACACGGCUCGGGGGGGUUUGGUGGAUGAGAAGGCCCUGGCCCAGGCCCUGAAGGAGGGGCGGAUACGUGGAGCUGCCCUGGAUGUGCACGAGACCGAGCCCUUCAGCUUUGCCCAGGGCCCUCUGAAGGAUGCCCCCAAUCUGAUCUGCACCCCACACACCGCCUGGUACAGCGAGCAGGCCUCUCUGGAGAUGAGAGAGGCAGCAGCCACUGAGAUCCGGCGAGCCAUUACCGGCCGCAUCCCAGACAGCCUAAGAAACUGCGUCAACAAGGAGUUCUUUGUCACCACAGCACCCUGGGCAGUGAUGGACCAGCAGGGCGUCCACCCUGAGCUCAACGGCGCCACCUACAGGUACCCGCCGGGGCUGGUGGGUGUAGCUCCAGGUGGCAUCCCAGGGGCGAUGGAGGGUCUGGUGCCAGGUGGGGUGCCCGUCGCCCACAGCCUCCCAUCAGGCACCCACCCCUCCCAGGCCCCCUCCCCUAACCAGCCGUCCAAACACGGCGAGACCAGAGAACACCUGACCGAGCAAUAGCACCGCACCAGGAGGAGCCAUCGCUAUAGCAACACCAUAGCAACCAACCAAGCAACCAACCGGGACCAAGAGACAGUGAACUCACACGCUGCCACACAGCACUGGGGGUUGACAUGCGUUCCAUGGAUUUCUACUCCUCCGUUUUUAAUUUUUAAAUCUCUCUAUCUCUGUCUCUCUUCUGGUUCAGUAAACUCUUUUUUGUUGUUUUUGAGAUGUUUUUUUGUUUUGUUUCUUUUUUUUCCUUGGAAAAAAGCUUCUUUUUCUCUUUUGGACAUCCAGUGUGUUAACACUAUGAAGGUGCGUUAGUGGGAAGAAAACCUCAGCCCACCCUGACAACUCCCAUCUGAUUGGAUGGCCUGCUUCCCCACGCACCAAUGGGAGAGCUCUGAGACACCACAGCAUUGCGUGCUACUGGACCCAGCCCCCCCCUACCCAAACCUCCCUCCCUUCUCUGUGACCACUCCCAUCCUUAGCCUGGCCCCUCCCUUAUCUCAUGUGUGCAGAUGAGAUUUUUCUUUUUGGUCUUCGGUGUGAAAGAAAGAAGUAAAAAAAAAAAAAAAAAAAAGGUUAUGAAAUAUAUAUAAAUAUAUAUUUAUCAGACAUCAGUUGAAGGAGAGAAGUAGUUUGAUUGCCCACUUGCAGUGGUGAUCUACAGAGUGAGCUUAACCCUUUCCUGACAGUCAGUCAGUUUUUUCCUCACCCACCCCCUCCCCCCCAAGAACGUAGUUCCUGUCCGCUCAUACACAGACGCACACAUAGAGUGAGCCAGGAGAACUUAGUUCCUGUCCGCUCAUACACAGACGCACACAUAGAGUGAGCCAGGAGAACUUAGUUCCUGUCCGCUCAUACACAGACGCACACAUAGUGAGCCAGGAGAAGUUCCUUUGUGGUCCUCACCUUGCGUAGCGCCGUCUGUAGACCAAAUAUUUUAAACACCAAGACAAGAUCAAAGUUGUUAGCAGUCUGGUGGUCUAGCCCUGAAUAUGUUCACUCUCCAAUAGCAUAGCUGGUUGAACUCCAAAUCAACUCUGCACCUACUGGAAGGUGUGGCUGCCAGUUAGGGAGUGGGUUUUCAAACUGGUCUUUUUUUUUUUUUUUUUUUUUUUUUUAAGUGUUGGAUAACAUGGAUCAAAGAAGUCUGAAGUUUAUGGAGCCAAGUGUGGUUAUGGGGAAAGUUACAACUCAAACAUCACCUCUACUUUCAGAAGAUGUAGUGUGUUGAGAUUGCAUUGUCUUGAUGGAUUGCAGACUCUUGACAUAAGCCUAGGAACACAACCAUAUCAUCCCAAAAUGUAUGGAUCAAUACAGACAUUCACAUUCAUGACUUUAGAGUUGGCUUCAAAAAAGCCUGUCCGUAGCUGAGAGAUGUACUGUGUGAUCUUUCUGAACACCAUUGACAACUUUUAUUUUUUUGUUCAUCUUCUCUCUCUUUCUUUCUUUCUUUCUUUCUUUCUUUCUGUGGUGUCAUGCUGCCGUCCCCAGGAGACAUGUUGUGUAGCCAUUCUGUACCCUGCCUGUGACACACUCAAUGUGUGCAAGAGACUCCAUGGGACUUUUCUUCUCACUGCUUGCAAGUUGGAUGUUCAGUCCAGUUCUUCUGCUGAAAGGACAUGUCCUCACUGAAAGGACAGGGGGAUGGAGGACGUGGGGCUCUCUUCUCAUUGGCUGGUCCAGACUGGCUGCGAUGCUCUUGUUUGUGUGUUUGUUUUCUCUGGUGUGAAGGACAUCCCAGCUGAACAGGAAAGGGUUAAGGAUAUCUCCAUUCCGUAAUGACUCAGGAAAACACUUUUUUGCAGAUGUUCUUUCCCCCCCACCCCUUCAAUUUUUGGUCCGAGAAAGAAAGAAAACAGAAUUCUGGGUAGUCUGCAUAUUUUCUCUCUCCAUGUUCCUCCCAUUGUGGUAUUUUUAUAUAUCAGAUGCAUCCCAUGGUUUCGGUGUUUUAAAAGAAAAAAGAAAAAAAGUUUUGCAGUCCUGUUAGAUUUGUAUUGCCUAGUUAAAUGUUCCUGUAAUCAUAGUCCUAUGUGAUCUUCCCUCCAUUUCUCUCUCUCUAUCUCUCCCUUCCUCUACCUAUUUCAUUUCAUCCUUCCCCUCUCCCUUUUCUUUUUUUGUUGUUCUCUUGAAGGCCAGGUUUUUGGGGCGUCCUGUACUCUGUAAGAGCCAUAGCAACUCCUACUUAGUGCCCAACACUAGCAGAAGCAGAGGCCGUCAGCAGUAUGUUUUGUUUUUAGUGUGAGUAUUUGUAUUUGUUUCUUGUACAAGGUGAACAUUUAGCAUACAGUGCAGUUCAAAUAAAAGAUACAGUUCUGACAUCAUA